AUGUCUCGUUCGUUCUUCGUCGAUUCCAUCAUCAACAGCGGCAACUCCGAGAUCCACAAUUUCGUGCCGCAAAUGGAUCCGAGGAUGUUCCAGUACACGCCGAGCUACAUCAACAGUUUCUUCUUGAGCUUGCAACAGCAACAGCAGUUGGCUCUGUCCGCUCAUCCUCUGAGACCGAUACCGCAGAUCGCGAAGAGGAGAGCGCCGAGUCCGAUUCCUGAAGCGAUUUCGCCACCGUGCAAGGUGCGCGCCGUCUCUCCGCAGACGACGCCGACGACGAGCAGAGAAUCGAGUCCGACGCCACCGUCGUCGCAGGAUCAGUCCAGCAAAAGGAUCCGGACUGCGUUCACCAGCACGCAGCUCGUCUCGCUCGAAAGGGAAUUCAACGCGAACAAAUACUUGUCGCGUUUGCGAAGGAUCGAGAUCGCUCGUGUUCUUCAGCUGUCCGAGAAACAAGUGAAAAUCUGGUUCCAGAACAGAAGGGUUAAGCAGAAGAAGGAAUCUUCUCCUGCAGUUUCUACACCAGGUCCGAGCUCAUCGCCGUGCCACUGCUCGAAAUCUUCGUGCAAAGAUGACGACGACGAGCACAUCGAUGUUACCAAAAUCGAAUAG